UAUGAACGGAUUGGGUUUGGUUUUUGCUUGCUUGCAGGGAAAGACUAAGCUGAUUAGAACACCACCAGCAUGUUGGCUAAGAUUUGCUAUUCUCCUUUAAAAAGAUUUUCAGAAGGACAGAAUUUGUGGGAGGAUUGGCUCAAGAUCGUUGUCUUCCUGUUUGCCGACGAUACCCCUGGAAUAUGCCUGUCUACCUAAUGCUAAUCCUCUUUGUCUACAACACAGCUCAAUGUGAGAUGACACACCUUGCACAUCAGUCCUUUCUAAACUUGCAAGCAAAAUUCUCACUAAUCUUGUCGCAGGCCAGUAUUGGUUUUGAACAGUCCAAAAGUGGGCAGUUUUGGAUUUGGUUCUCUGCUGAGGCUCCUGCGAUUCAGCGCGACGUCGUGAAUGAGGGCUACUUUGCCCUCUCCGCGUUGUGAAGCAUAGCUCAAGAGCAGAUCUCGACUAUCGAGCAUGAUGAGAGGAGACGAUGGAAAGGUUAUUAUUCUGGAAUAAAAUGGGGCCUUCCAAUUGGGCUUCUCAGAAUUCAAGUCGACUAAUAGAUCUGUCUGUAAGGAGAAAUGUGGAAAGUCAUCGAAGUCAGUUCCUCUUAAUGGUGCAGUAAAUUCAUUCAGAUGAAAUUAAUUCUUUAGAGAUUUUUUCAGAGGAUAGCGAUGGUGCAGUGCUCUUCACAUCAGCCUGAAUCUAAUUCCCCAUGUUAAAUCCUUCGCUGCCUUCGAUUCUUUCGUCGCACUUCCAUCAACGCCCUCCAUCGCCCGCUUCAAUUCCUCUACAUAUCCUUCGCAACUGCAUAUUCCUUCUGUGGAAUUCGAGCGGUUUCUGGUGUGGUGCGCAGUUCGUCCUUCGGUGCAACGAGGUGACUUCUUGAAAGAACUGAUGUCUAAUUAGCACUUACGAUGUUUUUCAACCACGUGAGAUUCUGUUUACUUUACAUCUGAAUUGCUAGUGUUGUUGGUGCAACGUCUUCAGAUAUGGUUUUCUUCUUUAAACAUGAACAUCUCGCUCUAGUGCUCCUGAGCUUACAAAUGGCUCCCAUCGUGACGUUCGGAGAACUUCUGGUCGAUUUUGUGCCCACAGUAGCGGGCCUCUCUCUCUCCGACGCCCCGGCUUUCAAGAAGGCACCCGGCGGCGCGCCCGCCAAUGUGGCCGUGGGGGUAUGCAGACUGGGUGGGAUUGCGGCCUUCAUUGGCAAGGUCGGCAAGGACGAGUUUGGUCAAAUGCUGGUGGAUGUGUUGAAGGAAGAGGGGGUCAAUGUCAGGGGGGUGCGGUUCGAUCCAAACGCGCGCACUGCUCUCGCCUUCGUCACUCUCCGCACAGAUGGCGAGAGAGAGUUCAUGUUUUACCGGAACCCAUCCGCCGACAUGUUGAUGGUUCAAGCGGAGCUCGACAUGGAUUUGAUCCGCGGAGCCAGGAUAUUUCAUUUCGGCUCGAUUUCUCUCAUCUCCGAACCGAGCAGAUCCACGCACCUCGCAGCACUGAAACUGGCCAAAGAAAGCGGGGCGUUGCUAUCUUACGACCCCAACUUGCGACUACCUCUGUGGCCCUCUCCGGAAGCUGCUCGCGAUAGAAUCAUGAGCAUCUGGCGUGAGGCGGACAUCAUCAAAGUCUCAGACGAAGAGGUAAAGUUCCUCACCAACGGAGGGGACGAGAAGCUAGACGAGGUCAUCAUGAGCUUGUACCACCAAGCUCCCAACCUCAAGCUCUUCCUCGUCACCGACGGCCCUGAUGGGUGCCGCUACUACACUCCCGAUUUCAAAGGCCAAGUCGAGUCGUACCCGGUCGAGACUGUCGACACCACGGGUGCUGGCGACGCCUUCGUUGCGGGCCUGCUGAACAAGCUCGUGCAGGACAAAUCCUUGUUGACGGACGAGGCAGCGCUGCGAUCGGCGCUGCAAUUUGCGUGUGCGUGCGGGGCGAUCACCACCACGGGUCGCGGAGCGAUUCCUUCCUUGCCCGUCGUCGACGAUGUUCUGAAGCUCAUUAACAACGUCGCCGUUUGAGUGACGGACGCCGCGGCGAAGGCGACGCAUCGGCAAAUUAGUGUGGUCCAGUUAAUAGUAAGGACGAAACUAAUAAUAUACCCCAACAAAUAACUGCUCCACUAGCUGUCUUGUGAUAACGACGAGAUAAUGUAUAACUUAGGUUACGGAAUUAGUAGACAAUUCAAAUAUUAUAUGGGGAAGGGGACAACUUCAUUAUCCGCGACUUUGAAGUAUAUGACGAAGUAAUAUUUCAUUUUCUUUAUUUAAAUUUCACAUAUAUAAAUAUAUGUUCAAGUUUUGUUAACUUUUAGGUAGUUAUUUGUCAAAAAUAAAUUGGUUUCA